AUGUCGGUUGAGGAAUUGAAAAGCUUCACUUCACGCAUGAUGUAUGCAGCGGGGGUUCAAGGGGGUUCGCUUUUUCGGUAUUAUUUCUUUUUGAAAACGGUGCGCCGAAGACUGUCGCGGCUCAACAGAGGGCUGGUAGAGGCCCAUGGCCCGGCCGCUCUGCCCCUUUUUGCCCUUAAGAUCGGACAGGGGUGUCUGGACACUUUGUUGCAGAAUAAUCCUGUCAACCCCCCGAGGGCAAAAUCGACCUCAGGGGCUUUAGUGUCCGACGCCUCUCUAUAUGGAUGGGGCGCGCUUUUGCUUAAGGAUAACGGGGGGUGUGUGGGCUGCAGGGGGCGCGUGGGAGCAGGCCCCCCACAUUAUUUCACAGGCCGAAGCGAGGGAGAUGGGACUGGCCUUGCUCGCUUUCAAGGGGAAUUUUCCGAUUCAACUCCAUAUAUGUAUCGAUCCUUGGUGAUGCCGGCCACCCCAUCGUGGUACCAAGGCCCAGUGCCCCGUAUUGUCGGGGGAAGCCAAGCGCCAGCAACGUUCGCCACUUGGAGAACAGUGCGGCGCCAGGCUUACGGCAUCACGAAGUACCAGGGCCCGCCGCGUCUUGCUUGGACGCAGUGUUAUCCUUGUCGGUCUUGGGGCGCAUUGCGCCGUGCCGUCAGCAGUAUCAUCCGCACAAAGUUACUGCUUAGUGGAAAUGUGGAAGAGAAUCCCGGCCCUACAUUGAGGGGCA